AUGAAAGAAGUGGCGAGGAAAGAGAUUUUGAAAUGGUUAGAUGCUGGAGUGAUUUACCCUAUUUCUAAUAGUGCUUGGGUGAGUCUAGUGCAAGUAGUACCUAAAAAGGGUGGUAUGACUGUGGUGAAGAAUGAAAGUAAUGAACUGAUUCCAACAAGGACUGUGACGGGUUGGGGGAUUUGUAUAGAUUAUCGAAAGUUGAAUAAGGCAACUAGGAAAGAUCAUUUUCCUUUGCCUUUUAUUGAUCAGAUGUUGGAUAGGUUGGCAGGGCAUAACUACUAUUGUUUUCUAGACGGGUACUCAGAAUAUCAUCAAAUUGUAAUUGCACCGGAGGAUCAAGAGAAGACAACAUUUAUAUGUCCUUAUGGGACUUUUGCUUUUAGAAGGAUGCCAUUCGUGUUAUGUAAUGCACCAACCACAUUUCAAUGGUGUAUGAUGGCAAUAUUUUCUGACAUGGUUGAGAAGGGGAUUGGAAUUUUUAUGGAUGAUUUUUCCGUUUAUGGGUCCUCUUUUGACACGUGUUUGACUAAUUUGGAGAUGGUUUUGAGGAGGUGUGAAGAGUCGCAUUUGGUGCUUAAUUGGGAAAAGUGCCACUUUAUGUGUCAACAAGCUUUUAGGAUACUUAAGGAGAAAUUGAUUUCGGCACCUAUAGUUGUUGCACCUCAAUGGGAUUUACCAUUUGAAUUGACGUGUGAAGCCAGUGAUUUUGCGGUUGGGGCAGUGUUGGGACAAAGAGUUGACAAGUAUCUUAUGACCAAGAAAGAUUACAAGCCUCGUCUUAUUCGGUGGAUUUUGUUGUUACAAGAAUUUGAUGUGGAAAUUAAGUAUAAGAAAUGUACUGAGAAUUUGGUGGCCGAUCAUUUGUCUAGAUUGGAGGUUGAUGAAGAUUCUCUUGAUAAAGAAGUUCAGAUUAAUGAUGCUUUUCCUGAUGAGCAGCUGUUCGAAGCAAGUGUUUGCAAGGAUGUUCCAUGGUUUGUAGACUAUGUUAAUUAUUUGGCUGCUAAGGUUAUACCUCCUGAGAUGACAAGGCAACAACUAAAGAAAUUUUAUUCAGAGGUGAAGAAUUAUUAUUGGGAGGAGCCUAUUCUGUAUAAACAUUGCCAUGAUCAAGUUAUUAGGAGAUGUGUGCCCGAAGAGGAGAUGUUUUCAAUCUUAACUCACUGUCAUAGUUUGCAUUGCAGUGGUCAUUUUGGAGGAACAAGAACAACAACAAAGGUUUUGCAAAGUGGAUUUUACUGGCCAACAUUAUUUAAAGAUGCUAAUGAUUUUGUCAAAAGUUGUGAUCGUUGUCAACAUAAUGGGAAUAUAUCGAGAAGAGAUCAAAUGCCAAUGACUGGUAUUUUGGAAGUUGAGUUAUUUGACUGGUUCACUACUCUUUGUGUUCGCUAUGGUGUUCAUCAUCGAAAGGCGUUAUUCUAUCAUCCAAUUGCAAAUGGCCAAGCUGAAGUGUCGAAUAGGGAAAUAAAAGGUAUCUUGGAAAAGACAGUAAAUACUUUGAGGAAGGAUUGGUCGAAGAAGCUUGAUGAUUCACUUUGGGCUUAUCGCACUGCAUUCAAAACUCCGAUUGUCGCGAUGGUCAGAACCGUACACGGUAGUUGUGUAACUUCCUUAUGGGCAGUGCAAGUUCAUAGUGAGAAGAUGGAACAUUUUAAGGUGAAUGGUCAGAGGUUGAAGCAUUACUUGGAGGGUCCGGUGGAAAAAUGCAAGUCCGUGGUGAUGUUGGAACCAAUUUCAUCUGAAGAUAAAGAAGCAUUCGACUAA